AUGUCAAGGAAAAUAUAUUUUGCUGGAAGCAUUAGUGGUGGUAGAGAUGACGCUGAUCUGCACGCCAGAAUUAUCGAACAGUUGAAACAGUAUGGUAAAGUGUUGACAGAGCAUGUUGGUAACACUACAGUUGAAAAAGAUAGAAAUGAUUUAAGUGAUCAGGAAAUUCAUGACAGAGAUAUGGAAUGGUUAAAUGAAAGUGACUGUAGAUUUUGUACUGAAGUCUCACAACCUUCUCUAGGUGUAGGGUAUGAAAUAGGAAGGGCAGUAGAUUUGAAGAAAACCAUCCUUUGUCUCUUCAGAACACAGUCAGGAAAAGAUAGAAAAUAUAGGGAUUGA